AUGACGGUCUAUUAUACAUGUGAUUCCGGAUACACUUUGUCUGGACAGGAUUCACGGUUAUGUUCAAUUGAUGGCACUGGUUGGGCAGGGUUCCAGCCAUCAUGUGUAUUCUGUCCUACUGUUUCUGCGCCUACUGGCGGAUCAGUUACUGUGGCAACUGAUGGAACGACAUCUAGGGCAUAUUUUACAUGUAACUUGGAGUAUACGAUGGAUGGUUCGCCGACAACCACAUGUACCGUGAACGGCACCUGGGAUACUGUAGCCCCAACAUGUGUUCAAUGCAGUGGUCUCAGUGAUCCAGACAGUGGAAGUGUUACCCUGACCACAGAUGGGGAACAGACAAUUGCGAGCUACAACUGUGUCACUGGCUAUCAAAUAAGCGGCGUAACUCCAUUAACAUGUCAAACAGAUGGACAGUGGAGUGACUCGGAACCAACAUGUGUUUGUACUCCACCUCUCACUCCAACGGAUGGUCUGUUGGAGAUUUCUGAUGAUGGAAUGACGGCCACUUUUACAUGUACAGCUGGUUAUACGCUAAAAGGGGUGUCUACCCGAACAUGUCAGUCCAAUGGUGCUGGAUGGAAUGAAGCUCAGCCUACAUGCGAAACAUGUGACGCACUAUCAAAUCCUACUGGAGGAACAGUCAGCUUGACGACUAGUGGCACCGUGACUGUUGCUGACAUCACGUGCCAAACCGGAUAUACCAUUAAUGGCGCUUCAACACUCACGUGCAGAACCGACGGCACGUGGGAUAUAUCAGUACCUACAUGCGGCGUUUGCUCCGCGUUAUCUAGUCCAAGUUCUGGCACAGUGGACUUGUAUUCAGAGAACAGUGUUACCAAAGCAAAUUUCUCGUGCGAAUCUGGAUACUCUUUAUCUGGAGCCUCCAUUCUCACGUGCCGAACUGACGGUAGUUGGGACUUCACCGAACCAGUUUGUGCUAAGUGCACAGAUCUACAGACUGUGAAUGCAGGAACAAUUAACGUAUAUUCUGACGGGCUUUCUACAUUUGCUUCGGUCUCAUGUGCGAGUGACUACUACCUUAACGGCGACGGCAUGUUGACAUGCAACUCCGACGGGUCCUGGGAUUAUGAGCUCCCUUCAUGCGUUUGCAACCCGCUGACAAAGCCAUCAAAUGGAAGCAUCACUAUAUCUAGCAGUGGUAUGCUGGCAGAUUUUUCUUGUGACGUGGGCUUUACCCUAGAUGGGAGUACAAAUGCAUCUUGCUCGGAAGAUGGCAGUGGGUGGGAUAACAACAUUCCAACCUGCGUGAGUUGUCCACAGCUUGCAUCAGUGACAGAUGGUUCAAUGGAAGUUAUAACUGAUGGUACAACCACCACCUGGGCCCUUUCUUGUGACGUUGGAACCAGUAUUUCCAGCACGGGCACUCUUUCUUGUCAGACUGACGGAACAUGGUCAACAGUCCAACCAUCAUGCGUGGCUUGUCCAGCUAUUGAUUCACCUAUAAGUGGUGAAGUGAUGCUACAGACAGACGGUGAAACAACACUGGCUUUAUUUACAUGUGACCUUGGUUAUAGUAUGAUCGGAAACGAGAUUUCAGCAUGUCUACCUGACGGAACAUGGAAUUCAACAGCACCUACAUGUGGUGCAUGUGCCUCGCUUCAUGCUUUAGACAGUGGAGAUAUAACUUAUAAUACAAAUGGCGUCGUCACUAUGGCAACAUUCUCGUGCAAUUCGGGAUACUAUGUCAGUGGUGCUGCGAAUAUCUCGUGCUUGCAAGACGGGUCUUGGGAGGAUGACCAACCAUCGUGUGGUAAAUAA